UAGAGCUAACAGAUUAUUGGCCAAAACAAUAUCCAGAAUCUACCACAGGAAUAAAAUUUUUGGUGAUGUAUCUAGGACGGGUUGAUACUCCCGGUGUCAGCACAUCAAUGGAAAACUUUUACAACAAUUUUAAAAAUCAAUUAAAAUCUAUUGAUCAAGGAAUUGAUACAACUUUAUGGGCAGCAUUUAGUAAGGAAGUAUCAGAUAUUUCCAGUGAAUCAUUCUUGUUCAAUAGGCAGGUAGUUUCAUCACACUUGCCAUUGGCUCAAACCAAAUCUAUUCAACAAGAAGUUGAAGCUUUAGUAGAGCAAAUUGAUAAUUAUGUAGAUGUAGCCUUAAAUUUUUGA